UCCUGAGGAAAGCAGGAACAGAUUAUACCUGGGGUGUGUGUGGGGGACGUUGAGGUCAGCGUAAGCGAGGCUUACGGUCCGAGCUGGAGGUCUCUGUGUGCUGACAGGCGCACAGGAUUAGAGGCUCUUGCGAAAAAUGAUGCCGUUAGCCUCUUAAAAUAGAGGGAGAGAGAGACGGGGACGCUGAAGAAAACAAAAGCACUGCACGCUACGUAGCAGCGCCUCAGAGCGCGACCGGACCUGAGACACAACACAUGCGCAUACACACACACACACACUAACACAGAGCUGAAGCUGGAGCUGAAAUGGCUGUAACAAGAGCUGAUGAAAUGCCACGGCAGUUCCCUAAGGUCACUCUGAGCGACGUGGACGAGGAGGUGCGCCUGCUAGCCGAGAAGGUCUACGCCUCUGCGCUGAAGGAUGAGGAGAAUAAAGAUGCCAUCUCCAUGUACACCGUGCCCGAAGACUGUCCCAUCGGCCUCCAGCAGGCCAAGGAGAGGGAGCUCCUCCGAGAGCUGGCCGAACAGCACUCCGAGGAGACGGCUAAGAGGAAGAAGAGUUUGAAGAUUAUUCGAUCUCAGUCCAUGCAAAUCCCUGUUUGUGUGGACUGGGCAAGAGCCACACCAACUCCGCUCGUCUCCCCGUCCACCAUCUGUCCCGCCAUCCCAGAAAACUUCCCCGAGUACCAGAGAGUCACCAUCAGUGGCGAUUACUGUGCUGGGAUCACUGUGGAAGACUACGAGCAAGCAGCUAAAAGUCUUCUGAAGGCGCUAUUCAUCCGGGAGAAAUAUUCCAAGCUGGCGUACCACCGUUUCCCUCAGACCACCGCCAGGUUCCUGCGCAGUGCCGAGAACCUGAAGUGGAGAGAGGAAGACGAAGUCCUGCCAGACAUUUGCCCAUGCCCUCAGGAAGGAGAAGACCCUUACAGCAUGGAGAACAUUCCGGAGAACCUGAACUACGAGCUGAAAGUGAGGGACGGGAUUGUACACGUGUUCGAGAGUGCAACGGCUCUUAAGGAGAACAGACCCCACUGUUUGCCGUACCCUGACCUCGAGACGUUCGCCAUCGACAUGAGCCACGUCCUGGCCAUGAUCGCAGACGGACCCACAAAGACAUACUGUCACAGACGACUGAACUUCCUGAGCUCCAAGUUCUACCUGCACGAGAUGCUGAACGAAAUGGCCGAGCUCAAAGAACUCAAAGGAGUCCCACAUCGAGAUUUCUAUAACGUCAGGAAGGUCGAUACUCACAUCCACGCUGCAGCCUGUAUGAACCAGAAACAUCUGCUUAACUUCAUCCAGAGCACGUAUAAGACGGACGCAGAGCGCGUGGUCCUGGAGAAGGCGGGGCAGAGACUGAGCCUCAAACAGGUUUUCAACAACCUCAACAUGGACCCUUACGACCUCACUGUGGACUCGCUGGACGUCCAUGCUGGCAGGCAGACGUUUCAUCGUUUUGACAAGUUCAACUCCAAAUAUAAUCCGGUGGGAGCGAGCGAGCUACGUGAAAUCUACCUGAAAACUGACAACUACAUCGAAGGAGAGUACUUUGCUCUGCUGAUAAAGGAAGUCGCUCAUGAUCUGGAGGAGAGUAAAUACCAGCACGCCGAGCCCCGCCUCUCUAUCUAUGGACGCUCGCCGGAGGAGUGGGAAAGCCUUGCUCAUUGGUUUAUUCAGCAUAAAGUCUACUCCCCUAACAUGCGCUGGAUCAUUCAGGUGCCCAGAAUCUAUGAUAUUUUUAUGUCACGGAAGCUGAUUCCCAACUUUGCCAAGAUGCUGGAGAACAUCUUCCUCCCUUUGUUUGAGGCGACGGUGAAUCCUCAGAAGCACAAAGAGCUGCAUGUGUUCCUCAAAUAUGUGACCGGCUUUGACAGCGUGGAUGAUGAGUCCAAGCACAGCGAUCACAUGUUCUCUUACAAGAGCCCCAAACCUGAGCAAUGGACCACGGCUGAGAACCCGCCUUACAGCUACUACCUCUUUCACAUGUACGCCAACAUCAUGGUGCUCAACAACCUGCGCAAGGAGAGAGGUCUGAGUACCUUCCAGUUCCGUCCACACUGCGGCGAGGCCGGCUCCAUCACUCAUUUGGUGUCAGCUUUUCUCACUGCAGAUAACAUCUCUCAUGGCCUCAACCUCAAGAAGAGCCCCGUCCUGCAGUACCUGUACUACCUGGCCCAGGUACCCAUCGCCAUGUCCCCCCUCAGUAACAACAGUCUGUUCUUGGAGUACUCGAAGAACCCGCUGCGAGAGUUCCUGCACAAGGGUCUGUGUGUGUCUCUGUCCACUGAUGACCCCAUGCAGUUCCACUACACCAAGGAAGCGUUAAUGGAGGAGUACGCAAUAGCAGCCCAGCUCUGGAAACUGAGCACAUGUGAUUUAUGCGAAAUCGCCAGAAACAGCGUGCUGCAGAGCGGCCUCUCUCACCAGGAGAAAAAGUACUUCCUCGGAACCAACUAUUUAAAGGACGGCCCCGAAGGGAACGACAUCCGGCGCACCAACGUGGCACAGAUCCGCAUGGCCUACAGACACGAGACGCUGUGUAACGAGCUCAGCUUCCUGGUGGAUGCGGUGAAAUCCGAGGCCCUGGGCUCGCAGAUGUAGUCAGAGCAAGACACACACACUGCCAUAAGACUUUAGCCAUACACUCACACUUGCAUGCUGCCUUGUACACAAAACUGCACACAUCAGGUAUUAUUAAAUUGCUGCUGCUCGGUUAGUGAGGGAUUUAAAAACAAAACAAAAACAAAAACCCUGCCUCACUGUAAUCCACACUGUAAGUCUUCCAUGUGAGUCCAGGUCUGCAUGCGUGUUCACGGUGGCCUGCGGUUCUGCACUAAGCAGUACGUCCUCAGAGAUGAAGCGUGAAGAGACACGCAGGAGAAAUCCGAUGCAACGGCGCCCCCUGCUGUAGGCGAUCAGACUUAAUCAAUGACUUGAAACCCGGAAAACUGUAGAUUAGCUUUUAGAAUGGUUUUGCAUGGAAGCCUGUUUCGGACAUGGAGAAAAGAAAAAAAAAAUUUAGACAACGGUCAAUAUCACGAAGACAAAAUCUAAAACCGCAAAAUAUAAAGUCACAAUUAUUUAAUCUUGUUUUUCUCCUCUGUGGCAGAAACACACUGACGUCGUUUUGGAUGUGGAGUAUUUGCGUUAUUAUUUUUCUACACACACACACACAGGGACUGGAUUCUUACCAACAACAGAACGAGAUCUAGAACCCGAUCUAGAUCCCAGCAACCCUGAGCGAAGGUAUAAACACAAGACCUCAUUUCCUGAACGUAUAAAAAUUCUAGAAGAAAUUGAAAACAGCGUAGCGAUGUAGCUGAUGUGUUGUCUGUUCUGCUGCAUCUAGUGGCCUUUUUCCUCCAUCGAUCUCAGAACUCCUACGUUAUUGCACAUAAUGUAUAUAAAGAUAUAUAGCAUGUUAUUCUUUAUUUAAAUGCUCAAUAGUACGCAGAGAAAAGAAAGAAAAUGUAUCUUUAUAUUGUUAUAACAAUAAAUAAAUUGUUUUCUAGGAGGACAGAAAGAAAAAAAGUCUGAAAAGGUGUCCGAUUCUUUUUAAAGCCCAAUUAAAGUUAAUGUCAGGUGCU